GGCCGUAUAUGUCCUCAGGCAUCCACCUCCGUUGAUCACAACUCUUGCCUCGAGGAUGAUGUGAAACAUGCCGAUGAUGACAGCGAUCACACGAAAUCGGAUGAAAGUGCAAUAGACAUGGAGGGAUCGAUUACUGACCACACACCUAUUUCUCACAAACGGGCAGCAAGCUUUGAUGAGUCGGGCGUCGACAGUGCAGACGCAGUGGAUGAGCCAACGACUCCCACGCGACCACGAAGCCCAAAGCGGCAUUGCACAGUCGAUCUUACCAAAUCCCAAUCGAAUCAGACGGUACCACUAAUUCUUUCAAUAGGCAACACCACAACGGACCUUCCUUCGAAUGUUCCGUCUAUGGGGCUUAACAAGCCGAUCUUACCUAACAUCACCGUGUGUUCACAACCCAUGGGAUCAGUUUCAUCCGCCAAUCCCGUUAUGGGUCAGUUGAUUCCAAUCUCUGGACUGCCUGAACACCUGCUGUGUGGCAUCUCGACAGCGCUACUGGGCGGUGCCGGCAAUCCAACUACUAACACCCAAAUUACCUCUGCCACUAACACUUCGGGUUCCCUGAUUUCACUCCCAAUGCUGGAGAAUCAGAUAAACAUGACCACACCAAACGCAUCUUCUACGUGGGUACUGACUAAUCAACCGACUGGUUUAACUGCAAGUCUGCAGACUACAACUGGGGCCUCUCAGCCAACCCUAUUUAUGCCUGUACCUACUGCACUUGGUGACGCCAACAUGAAGCCGUUUUCUACACAUUUGGUAGAAAUGAACUCGAACGGAGUGAUGGCUGGUAGUCAGUCUACGAACCUGUUGCGUGUUACAGACUUACUGGAGCUACUUAAAUCCUUCGGAGCCACAGGUGGUCUUGUAUCGUCCAUUAAUGUACCCGUCAGCGCAGCUGCGUUAAAUACCACAGUAACAACACCGGCAAGCACGUCUAGCGUGAACGGUACUGGUUCAACAGUUUUGUACACCACGUCGAAUCAGCCUGGGCCUCAAACAGUUGCAUCCAGUUUACCACCUUCCACUAGUUCUCCUGGGUCCCGAAACCUGGUCAACUUGGUGACCAGCUUAACUGGUACAAGCCCAAUAAGUGCGCCGUCCACAAUGAGUUCAAACACGAACGCCAUAUCCCCCAGUUUGUUAUUCAAUCAGUUGGUCAUGGCUGCUGCUGCAGCAGCGAAUUCUUCAACGAACGGUGUUAUUCCCAGCCCAACACAGCUGAGUGACAGCACCGCAGUAGUUACCUCCGGAGCCGAUCGGCUUCCAGAUACAGUACCCCCUGAACAGGCCUUGGAUAUGUCGGUGAGUAUCUCAUACAUUGCUCAGUGUUACUUCAUUUCCCAGUGUUAUAAGCGCUUUGAUAUUCAUCCACUUACUCCUGGAACUGUUCGUUCAGGCACUAUUCCACUGGGUGUGCCAGUUUCCAUCUCCAUUGGUCCUGGGUUAGCCAAGUCAAGUGAAGGCACUGGACAUUCUAUGUCCAAGGUCACAGAAGCCACGGAAUCUAGGUCCGUCAUCACUUUGCCAUUCAAGCAAGACCAAACAAAUAUUGCUUCACUUCAGGGAGUCAUGGAAGCUCUCACGGCAGCCCUUAAAGGCGGUAUGAAACAGCGCACACCACAAACACCUGAUGUCGUUUCAUCCAACACACUUUCGAAUUCGGCGAAUUGUGCUGCUAUUAACACACGAUCGACCUCUCCAGGAAGUGUUUCAAAGACCAACACUGGAUCACCGACGGACCAUGCAACGUCCAGUCAUUCAGCCUUAGUCAGGCCCCAGACGACGGAAAUAGAAAGUGUGCUUAAUGGCAGUGCUGCCAAAACCUCGCUCACCACAUCCCAUUCAAUUCUGCUUCCAUUCGUGGCACAAAACCUGGAGACAGCAUCGACGGUAUCGGGUUUUCCGGAUGAGAGCAUUGAUUCAGGGGACCCUCGUCCACCAACUACUCAGACGGUAUCAUCCGCACCCUAUCAUCUUACAAGCAACACAACCGCAACCAGUCCUCCACCUCAAAUGGUGAGCCUUGCUCAGCUUCAGGCGAUCAUGUCGGCAAUGGCUAACAAUGGGUCGAUAUCCGUCACAACCCCACUGGUGAACGCCUUAGCAGCAACGACAUCCAGCACUUCCACGUCCCAGUCAGUUAACUUGUCUUCCACAAACACAGGACAGAAUGCGUCGACAAAUGUACAAAACAGCUCACUUUUGUCCGCCAACCAAGUACUUUUAAAUGCAAGCUCGCUCUCCAGUGGUACAACUGGGGUAAUCCCCUUGACGGAUCCCAACGGAACGCUUCUUGCGUCGGCUUCACUUGCGAAUCCGACAGGCGCUCUGUCACUGACCGCAACCUCCGGUUCCCCAUUGUCGACGGCGGCUAUUUUCAGUUCUAAUGCCGGGCCGACAACGGUGUGCACAACACCCCUGACUAUUGGCGGACUGAAAAAUAUUCAGCUAGCUCCCGGGGCAGAGGGUGAGUUUGAUUUUGCACGCAGUUUAGCCGUAGUUUCUUUCGUUCGUAUCGUAGGUUUAUCCUUAGCGGGGAUAAUCUCUGGUGCCCACGCUCAAGCCGGACAACUACAUCCCACCUUAGUGAGCAAUCCCGCCCUGAUCAAUCUGAUUUCAUCCACUGGUCGUCCGCUCACCUCCCAGGCAAAUGUGCCGCUCACAUCCGCUGCUGCUGUCCGUCUGUUGAACAGCUUGAAUAACUUGACGCCAUCAAACGGUUUGUUAACAGCGGCCAAUACAACAGCUUCAACGACAACACCUUCCGUGAUUCCUAGUAGUUCAGUCCCCACUGGCACGUUGCUAGGAGGCGUUGGACUGACUGGUGGAAGCACGCUGAAUUGGCUCGAUUCGUCACAAGCACUGUUUGCAGCGGCCGCAGCUGCAGCCUCAGGUAAUGUCAACCAAAUUUCUUUCAACACUCUCCGUGGGCCAACUAUAUCCGGGGCCAUCGGAACACCACGUCCCCUGGGGGCAAACGGCUCCUUUAUUGGUCUGUUGGAUCCCAGAACUGGUCUCCAGCUGCGGGUGGCUGAUAUCAGCGGGAUCUCCUCAACUCUGACAUCCAGCCUUUCCGCUUCCAAUGAAUUAACAAAUUGUAUUGGAAGCAGUGGGCUUUCAACAACUAAUAGUGUCUUUACUCACCCAAUAGACGAUCCAGCGGCCCUACGACCGAUUGAAGCACACGCUAUUGGUGCCGGUGAGUUAAGGAGAAAAGUAACGGAAAAUGAUCACUUCGCAAAGUCUGGUGACACAGAGACUGCAUCACCAUAUGAUACACACUUGGAUGACGACUGGGAUUCAGGACACGAUGACUCGAGCAAAAUUCAGAACGAUUUGAAGACAAUUUAUUCUUCGGGAAUCAAAACUGAUCCACUUGCUGACAGUGCUGGUUCGAGUCCAAAUCUCACCAGCAUAACAUCCACGUUAUUGUCUGCAGUCAACCGUCGCAAUAAUUCUACUUCGAGAAGUCCCUUAAUAAGUGGGUCUAGCAGGCGAGGAGUUGGGUCCUUGGGCGAUCCGCUACAACCUGGACGACCACACAGACAAAACUUCACCCCGACACAAAACCGCAUACUCACCGAAUGGUAUCAAACACACCAGAGCAAACCUUAUCCAUCCACAGAUGAUACGAAGGAACUUGCGAUCAUCUCAGGUCUAAGCUAUUCGCAGGCCCCUAUUGCCACAUUGCCACAAGCGAAGUGGAAAUUACACACCAUAGGAACCAACGCCAGAACUUUUGGUGUGAAUAAGCUGUUCUAUCAAGAAGUCAUCAUCAUGCACCCACCAGCAACUGUGCGCACGAGAACCACGUGUGUGUCACACUUCCACCUCUUGAUUGUGAAACCCUUCCGCCUACGUUGCACAAUGGCAUGUGCGCACCGUAUCCUAUCAGCUCCAUUGCCGAACUCCACCGAUCGAUCAGUCAACGCGGCUGUCACACUUGCUCGUCCUGUCUCGUUUUCUCGUUUCCUGGUCAAGAAAUGGUUCGCAAAUAAACGAGCACGUUCUUCCUCCAGUGGUUUACCCAAACCAACACCACCAAUGGCACCGGAUUCUUCACCCGAUCCGUCGGCAGCGGCCGCCAUUGUGGCCGCUGCGAUGGCUGCUGCAACGUCGGAAGUUACUACGACGGACAACGCCCACUAUGUCAAUUCAGUUGGUCGUACUACCACUCCAGACAGUCUGACACAAGCAGCUGCUACCCAUAUAAAUAACACAAGCUACAGAGAAGUUGCACUGGGCUCAGAAGAGGGUGCUCAUGUCGGUGAUUUGUCUGUUACCCAGUCUUGUGGGUCCGUUGGAAUGGCUUCCUCCAUCUGUACAGAGGAUGAUGAUCCACCUCUCACUGUUGUGCUUGAAGCGAAGAUUAACACUUACAAAAGUCCUGAGCAGCUGGAUCAUGACAACGGAGCUCCUGCGGAACCCAUUUGUUUGGAGCCCAUACAGGAUGCACUGACAUUCACCAAUUCUGACCAUUCUCCCUCUGAUCUCGUCAAACCGAAGUCCACUAAUAGUGGAACAGCAGACUCCGCUGCCUCUCCUCCAACGUUACAGGUACACCUCACCCCUCGAAUGAUAUCCCCACAGAAUGCUGGCAUAGUAAAUUCCGGUUAUGACAGCAUGGAGCUCCCUGAUGAGGCUAAUCUUCCAGAGGAAAUUCCAUCUUCGGCUUCAAACGAUUGUGCAACUAGUCAGUCCUCUCCAUGUACACAAGAAGUGCAGGCCCGUCAGGAAACGCUUCGAUGCCCAAAAUCCAAAGGGAUGAGAAACCGAGGAGUUACUUUGGAUGCAAGCUGAAAUUGGUGAAGUCCUUAGCGGAUUUGAAACAAGAGCCUAUUCUUCUCAGGCUAUUAAGCUUUUUGACCCUUCAAACUUUGGGGUAUUUGCUUAUUACCCACCGACCUAGCAGAUGCAUGUAAACUCAGUCCACAGCUGGAAGAUUGGUCUGUAACCAAAAUCUCAGUUAUUACAGGCAAACCUGUGAAACCACCUUCGACCUCAGGUUACCUGUUUCCGUCCGGGUAACCCACUGUUUAUUAAUGCCCUCUCAUUUGUAAUUUUGCCGAACAUCCCACUAUCCUCUAAUGUGCAUGAGUUCUAAUGUUUUUCGACUUUUAACCAACUACUUAUGAGAAGUCGGAUAGUCAACUCCGAUUCCCACGUUCGCAUGCUGACAGUUCGAGUCCACGUCAACAUUUAAUUACUGUAAAUAGUAUCCCCUUUUUAUCCAAGCCCAACGAUGUACUAUCACUAUUAUUCCUGUGCUUUCGUUUCUAUCCCAUAAUCGUCCCCCUUAGUGUUUUGUUGAUGCUUUUCUAUGCCACUUGACAGUAAACGCGCUAAAGUCGUGUUGAAAAUCAUCCAUACCUCACACUGACCAACUCACUCACUCACUGACCCAGCAAACAACUCGUGUUUUCUAGUCCUCCUACAACCGCUUUGAUUUUUGCCUUGAAUUUGAACCCCCACCGACUCACCUGCCAGUGGAAAACAAUGUGUUAUUGUAUCGAAUGUGGCUUACAUUUCAGAAUUUUUC